AAACUCUCCAACUACACUGUAGUAGGAGAAUGUUGCAGAAAACUAAAAGGGGAUCAAAGAAAUUUAUAUACGUAUUUGUAUAGAAGAACAAGUAUAAAAAGAUCUGGCAUCUUUCAUUCUUUAACAAUACACAACUUCAGUCGGCAAAUCAAAACCCCACUGGCAAAGAUAUGGAAAUCCGAAGACGCGGUGAUCUAGAAAACACUUUGAUGAAGGUUAUGGCGGGAUUUCUUGUAAAGUAGCGUAAAAACGAUAGAUAAUGGUGUCAACCCGCAGCCUUAGAUCAAAAUUUGCAGUAGGAGAAGAAGUUCUCUGCUAUGAACCAGAUCCUACGAAGGCAAGGGUGCUGUAUGACUCUAAGGUGCUGAAGGUUUUAGUGAAAACAGACAAGGGGGGCCGCAAAACUGUGGAAUACCUGAUACAUUUCCAGGGCUGGAAUUCAUCAUGGGAUCGAUAUGUGAGUGAAGAUUAUGUUCUAAAGCAUACAGAUGAAAACUGGCGACUGCAGAGAAAACUUGCAGAGAAAGCACAUUUACGACCGGGAGCAUAUCUUUAUCGAAGAGAUCGUAAAGAUCAAAAGUUGAAUAAGGCUCCACAGAAAACAGAUAGCUACACUGAGGAAAAAGAGUGUCUGCAGAGCACGUCUCCUUCAACUUCAACAAGAGAUGGCAGCAUUAGCUGUUAUAGCACCCGUAGUGUUGAGACUAUCAGUAACGGAGAUCGAAAGAAGAGGGUUACUGCUGAUAAAUGUGAAACUAGCAAACAAAGUGUAAUGGAAGAUAAACAAUUGCAUUAUGCACAUAAUGAGUGUGAUACACAUGCAGAAUGUGUUGAAGAAAUGCAUAACAAUAACGAUAAUGGUCUUACGGGUAGUGUUGAUGGAAGGGAUAGUGUUGAGGGUGGUAGAAGUAAAGACCAGCAGUAUGAAGACAUUGGUGCUCAGAAUAAAAUAGGUGACAGAGAGAUUGACGACAAUGUGCAGGAUAUUAAACAUGAAAUAACUGAAGAUUCUGAUCACCCGGAGGAUGGUGCUGUUGAACAUUUGGAAGAUUGUAAUUUUACAUGUGAAAUUACUGAUGUUAUGAAGGAAAUACUUGAACUGGACAAUGAGCUUAUUAAAAACAGGAACAAGAUCAUCCAUCUUCCAGCAAGACCCAAUGUUGUGACAAUUCUUGAAUCUUACGUGAGAGAAUAUGCAGAAAAUCAGAUCUCUGGAGCUCGAGAGAAAUCACGGCGUAAAUAUAGACGACCACAAAAGCACCAAAAUGGUGCUUUAGAUAUGGAUCGAUUGAACAGAAGUGUAAAUAUCUGCAAAGAAGUGGCAGACGGUGUGAGGGUUUAUUUUGACUUCAUGUUGAGUGGCUUGCUGUUGUACAAUGAAGAGAGAGAACAGUACGAGCAAAGUCGUGAUAUGACUAUCACAAAAGAACCAAAGUCAAGGUUAAAUGAUUCAUCUCCAAACAAAAAAGAAGCAAACAAGAGAUUCCAGCAACCAGAUUGUAACUUAUCCUGUGAACAAAGGACAUGCCAAGAGGAUGCAGUUACAUUUGAUGGCAGAAGGGGAACACCCAGUGUCAACAUGUAUUCCAGAUCUCAACAUGUUGUAAAUGCUGAAGGGAAAGGGUGCACUUUGACUAAUGCUUCAGCUGGUGGCAGCAGUGAAGUAACAGAAAGCCCCAAUCCCAUGGGAACUCAGAGUACAAAUAAAGAGUCAUUUCUCCCUUCUGAUCCCUGUAAGGAAGAAGCUUCCUCUGCAUUCCAUGAUAAUUUAUCCAGUAUCACGAGUGUCAGCUCAAAACAUUCAUCUCGGAGAUUAAUGUCUAAUGUAUCAUCAGCAGAAGGAAUGACUCAGGGAAAUAGUCAUUCUGCAUUGAAGUGUCUGUUACCUCAUCUGUCAGAAUGGCAGCUAGUUCCAGACUCACUAUACACUGAAAAGCCUGUUAUGCCUUCACUUAUCUAUGGUGCUGUCCAUUUAGCAAGAUUGUUAGUGAUACUUCCAAGUCAUCUUCUGAACACAAAUAUUCCAGCAAAGAAACAUAAAAUAGUAUUGCAGCAUUUACAGAUGAUUCUGAGAUACUUGGAGAAAAAUAGAGACUGGUUUGAAGAAAAUGUGUACGAAGAUAACUGCUCUCCACUUAAACAAAAUGACUGAUUUGCUGUAUUUAUGCAUAGUUUCAUAUUUUAUAUUCUGUAAAUAGUUUAUAGAAAUUGCUAUUUUUAAAAACAAUUGUUGAAUGUUUAGUUAUAAACUACCCUCACUUAAACAAAAUGACUGAUUUUCUGUAUUAAUACAUAGCCUCUUAUUUUAUAUUCUGUAAAUAGUUUAUAGAAAUUGCUAUUUUUAAAAAUAUUUGUUGAAUGUUAAGUUACAAAAAUGCAUGUCAUUGAAGAUUUUGAUCUGGUGUUUCCAGUUCAGUUGGUUGGUAUUUUUCAUGUUAUCUCCUGUAUCCUACAAAAUAUUGUCUCUGUUAUCAUCAGCCAUGUAUUUGACAAGAAUUGUUAGUGCAAACUUCACUAUGUGCCAUUUAUAUAGUAUGCUUCUGGGACCAAAGACGUGUAGAUAACAAAAUACGCAGACAUGAAUAUUGGAGAGUGAUUAAUUAUCUGCUUCUUUGAUAAUUAUGACUUGCUUCUCAGUGGAAGUAACCAGAUCCUUUAACUAUGAAAGCUAAGGUUACUUUAGUUUAAGUUCCUAAGUUAUUUUAUUCAAGAACUAUUGUGCUGUUACCGAUACCUCAGACUUGCUGAUUGUCAAUAAUAACUGUAACGUUUUUCCUUUCUGAAGCUGGAAGAUUUCGACACAGUGUUUUGUGUCUUAUAAGUUUGUGACAGCUGAUUGUAUGUACAAAAAGCCAAAUUAUCAGUAGCGUGCUAUGUUGCUGGUGAAAGUGGAUGAAUCAGUAAAAUACAGAAUUUUACAUAAAA